AGAUCCCAGCACUUUACUUUGGGGCUGGGCAGUUCGUCCCUCCCACCUCUUUCGCGCGCCCCCCUCGUUUCAAUGACCUGUUACUUUGAGACGCUUGCACUAAAGGCGGGAGGGGGGGUUACGUGAUGCCUGCCUGUCUGACUUACUUGCAACAGUGUGGCCCCAGUUUACACGCAGGGUUCUUCUACAGCGAUUAAAAAAAAAAUUCGGGCUCGCGGGGUUUUUGAUUGGCUCGGCCACCCUUCCCCCCCCCUUUUUUUUGGCCCGGUGUUGUAGCCAUGAGAGAGUGUCAGGACUUGGAACGGGCGGAGAGGGUUACAGCAGGGCGCAUGCUCUUGGUUGUCCGUAGCAGUCAGAGCUGGGGGCUCAGUUUAAUAAGGGAGCGAGGAAGCAAGAGACAGACGAGGGAGGAGGAGACGGCAGCGGCGGGAGGGAAACAUUAUAAAAAAAUAAAGACUGAAAGAAAGAGCGUCCGCCAUGGGCUUUUCUCUCCUGUGCGCAUUCUCAGUUUCUUCAUGAAUUGGAGCUGAAGGGGUGGGGGCGGGGAGAGCUGCAGACACCCCAAGGCCCCCAGGCAUGGCCAGUUCGCAGCAGCCCGCCGCCGCCGUCGUAGCAGCAGCAGCAGGAGGAGCAGCCCGCCACCGCCGCGCGCGCCAAGGGGGAGCCGUGAGUACAGUACUGGGGACUGGCUCGCAGCUCAGGAAGGCGCCUCUCAGGAUGUGUGCUGUUCAGGUGAAACUGGAGCUUGGGCACCGAGCCCAGGUGAGGAAGAAACCCACUGUGGAGGGUUUUACCCACGACUGGAUGGUGUUCGUAAGAGGACCGGAGCAUAGUAACAUUCAGCACUUUGUGGAGAAAGUCGUCUUUCACUUGCAUGACAGCUUCCCUAGGCCAAAAAGAGGAGACAAAACUAUCAGCCUCCUCCAAGAUAAAUAUAACAGAAUAUUUCCAGAUUUGUGCAUAUCAUACAGAAGUAUCAACAAUUUCAACAUGUGUACAGAAGAAGCUUCUGAGAGUGACUCCAGUGAAGAAGUGUGCAAAGAUCCACCGUACAAAGUUGAGGAAUCUGGGUAUGCUGGUUUCAUUUUGCCAAUAGAGGUUUACUUCAAGAACAAGGAAGAACCGAAGAAAGUCCGCUUUGACUAUGACCUAUUCCUGCAUCUGGAAGGCCAUCCACCUGUAAAUCAUCUUCGUUGCGAAAAGCUUACAUUCAACAACCCAACAGAAGAGUUCAGAAGAAAGUUGUUGAAAGCAGGAGGGAUCAUGGUAAUGUCAGAUGGAACAUCGGCAGCUUCAGGGCAGAGUCUUCACCUCCCGAACCUUCCUACCAAUUCCCUGUCUUUUUCUGAAGUGAAGAAGAAAUCAUCUCAUGGGCCAAAGGACCCAAGUAAGAACAUAAGCACUAGCAGCAGCAGUAACAGUUUUUCAAAGCCCCAUAAAUUAACAAAGGAGCACAAGGAGAAACCUUCUAAAGACUCAAAAGAGCAUAAAAGUGCCUUCAAAGAACCUUCCAGGGAACAUAACAAAUCUUCCAAAGAAUCCUCUAAGAAACCCAAAGAAAACAAACCACUAAAGGAUGAAAAAAUAGUUCCUAAGAUGGCCUUCAAGGAACCCAAGCCUAUGUCAAAGGAACCAAAACCUGAAAAUAACAUACUUACCAUAACAGGUGGACAGCACCAAGAAAAGAAAGCCCCUACAAAAAGGCCCCCUGGUAUGGAUUCUGAGGAUCUUGCAGCCAAAAAGAAGAAGAGAAGUUGCUCAGAGGCUUUAUUUAAAAGUUUUUCUAGUGCUCCCCCACUGAUACUUACUUGUUCCACGGCUGACAAAAAGCAGACAAAGGAUAAAUCUCAGUUUAAGAUUGGAAAAGUCAAAAUGGAAAGUGAAACACUGGAGAAGAAGAAGAAUACAUUACCACCAUUUGACGAUAUUGUGGACCCCAAUGAUUCUGAUAUGGAGGAGAACAUGUCCUCGAAAUCUGAAUCUGAGCAACCUAGUCCUGCCAGUUCAAGCUCCAGCUCCAGCUCAAGUUUCACACCAUCUCAGAACAGUCGACAACAAGGUCCUUUGAGGUCUAUAAUGAAAGAUCUGCAUUCUGAUGAUAAUGAAGAUGAAUCUGAUGAAGCAGAUGAGAAUGACAAUGACUCUGAGAUGGAGAGACCUGUAAAUACUCAUGGAGGAAGCAGAGGCCGCAGGGUUAGUCUAAGCGAUGGAAGUGACAGUGACAGCAGUUCAGCCUCUUCACCACUACGCCAUGAACCACCACCUUUAUUAAAAACCAACAGUAAUCAGAUUCUAGAAGUGAAGAGUCCUAUAAAGCAAAAUAAAUCUGAUAAACAAAUUAAGAAUGGAGAUUGUGAUAAGGCAUAUCUUGAUGAACUAGUUGAACUCCACAGAAGGUUAAUGACACUAAGGGAAAGACAUGUACUACAACAGAUUGUAAACCUUAUAGAAGAAACGGGACAUUUUCAUAUCACGAACACAACCUUUGACUUUGACCUUUGCUCACUGGACAAAACCACAGUUAGAAAGUUACAGAGUUAUCUGGAAACAUCUGGAGCAUCCUGAGGACGUGGUUCCUGGCUGCAUCAAAAACUGUGCUCUCUUUUUUAAAAAAAGAAAUAAAACAUUCAGAAUGAUGCAACCAACAUGGCAAAAACAAAAAAAAUCAACCAACUCUCUUCAGCUUUAUUUUUUGUUAAAGCCAGUCAUCAUCUCUUGAUAAAGGAGAAGAAAAGUGACAAGCCUCAGAGGAUUUGCUCUUCUCACUAAGGAAAUGCUCUGGAAGAGUUAGCCUGGAUAGCCUUGAAAAAAAAAAACACUUAAUGAAUGUGUAUGGUAUCAUGUAUCUCUCUGUGGUGUUCCAGGCCACAAGACGAAUACAUGUUCAACACACUGCCUUAUUACAUAACUGAUCUAUUUAUUAUUGCAUACGCAUAUUCUGAAGCCCUUGAGGGAAUGACACUACCAGACGUUACAAGUUCUUGUGUCCUAUGUACGCUCCUUUGAUGCAGCGCCACCGCCGUCACAAGCCUUCUGACCUUACUCUUGUUUUGAUGCCACUUUUUCUGACCUUUAGCUAUUCCCUUUCCUAUUUUAAAAGCCCUGUCAUCUUGUUUCUGUUAUUAUAAUUCCCCCAAAUGAGAUGCUGAGUGGGGGUGUGGGUUAGGUGGGAAGGGAGGGCAAAAAGUCCCUUCCUUUUCUUCUAUUCAGUUUGCUGCAGCAGAAUGGCCGCCAGGCUUAUCAUUGUGUGUUGGUCUCGGACUAUGGUAGAAACUGCACCAAAUAGAAUCAUGACUUUCUUUCUAGACUUAGUCAAUAGAUCAGUAGAACUUUUAUUAAAAGGAAAAAACGUGUUACUGUAUACUAUCCUAAAUCCAGCAUUCUUUUUGCCAUCAACAUCUUUGUGUCUGUUUCAAUGUUAUAUUAGAUAUCUAUGAAAGUGGGAGCACUCUAGAGAUUUGCCAUAAAAGAGAACUAGUCCAGUUUUCUGUGGAAAUGUUGUAGAAAACUUCAUUUGGAGUUAUUUAUUACUUAGGAGUUCCAGCACUCAGCUGCCAAGAUGUGCAGUCUUUUUGUUACUAAAAUAUAGGCAUAAAAUUGAUUCUUGGUUCAUACAAUGUUUACUUUAUAUUUUGGUUUGGGCUCUUUUUCUAUCUAAUAAAUUAAAACGUUUUCAUUUCAGACAGUUUUUAAAUGACAUGAUGAGAAAUUGUUUUGAAAUUUCAGUACUUACUAUAAAUUCAUUUAUUGUAGGACUGUCAACCCAGUUAAAGAAAUUGAUUAAUCAUAUUAAUUUUAAUUGAUUAAUCAACUACAUCUAAAGAAGUUUGUAUGUGAAAAAACAAUAGGUCUGAAGAAAGAAGCCUACUUUAUUUUUUUGCAGAUUCAUGCUUGUCUUGCAGUAGGUGUCAUCUUAGAAGAUACAUAUCCUGUUGAAGAGAAGGGGGAAUGCCUCUUCUAAGAUAGCACCUGUCUUCCACAGUUUUUAUAAGAACUUGCAUUAAAAGUAUAUUUUUCAAAAAAUUAAUCUGUGCAGUUAGGGGGGCACAUUUUUAGUUGACUAACAGAGCAUCCUGUGGAGGUUUGGGGGAGAGCAGAGGAACUGCCACUUGCACCAGCCAGUGCAAAAGGUGGGGAGCAGCUUUUUCCUGCCCCCCUCCCCUUUUUUUGCACUUGACCCUUUUAUCAUUACUUUUUCUUCCCCCUGGUUUCAGUAGCAGGGAAAAUAACUGUGCAAGCUCCAGAGCGGCUGUAGUUUUCCUCCCAUAUCAGGAGCACAUCAAUGAAACAGGUGAAUUGGAUCCUGCAGAUCUAUGAUGUCCUCUAUCAUUCCCCUUUUUAUCCCCUAUUGCUAUAGGAGGACCUAUAGCAGUAGCCCUUUCUGCUGCUGCAACAAGGAAACCUCCAGCAGCAAACCUCCUUCUCCGCCUUCAGACCUUCCCCUCUGCUGGCAGAGGGAGGUCUACAACAUCCAAUGCUCUCUCUGUCACCCUGUUCUGGAGUUUAGGAUUACUCCCUAAAAGGUCUUUAACUGAUUAAAUGUUGCCACUCUAAUUUCCAAAAGCAUUUCUUUGUGAUGAAAAAAAUAUUUUGAAUCUUAAAUAGAAACCCUUUACAAAAGAGGAGGCUAGAAAGGAGACACUUCAAGAAGCCAUUUAAGUUAGGAUUUCAGUUUUUACUCUAAUGAAAGAUGUUGCUUAAGAAAUACUUCUGGGUCCGAAGGAUCUGUCAGCCUUAAGAAAAGCCUGUGUUUGAGAGGUCACCA